CUCGAGCAGAAGGGCUGCCCAGAUUCCCCUCUUCAUCCCGACUCGGGCGGAGUCCAUGCGGACGGGCUGGAAAGGGUUUUUUUUUUUUACACGUUUUAGUGGGUAGAUUUAGCUUCAAACGCUUUUAAGAAAAAAAGAAGCAGGUUUAUUUACUACAUUUAAGAUGACAACGACGACCACUUUCCAAGGGAUGGACCCCAGCGCGAAAAAUAGCUCCAGGGUUCUGCGGCCUCCCGGAGGAAACUCCAACAUUUGUUUUGGCACAGAUGAGGAAAGGCCGGUGCGCAAGAACAGAAUGGCCUCCAACAUCUUCGCUGAGCCCGAGGACCCCCACGCCCAUCGGAGGAACAAUCCACCUGGUGGUGAAGCAACUGGAGUGCUGUGUGGUGAACACUCCGCCCCACUGAGGCGGUGCCACCAGCCGCCAAUCUACCUGAACAACACUGAACAUCCCGCCAAAUCCACGGAGGAAAACCACGAGCAAGUAAAUCAUGCUGACUACAGGCGAAAGGUGGGGUACACCCUGGACAAGUCGCCAGAUGAGUCAGAGGAAACCGAAGCCCCUGAGGAAGAGCCUCAGCAGCAGAAGGAGGAGGAGCAGAAACAGCCUUCUGGUGCCUCCUCUGGCCGAAGAAACCCUCCUGGUGGAAAAUCCAGCCUCAUUCUGGGCUGAACGCGCUCACUGAACACACCUCUCUCUCUCUCUCUCUCUCUCUCUCUCUCCCCCCUUUUUUAAAAAGUCACUCUCUCUUCACUCUCCUCAUGUGAGCCAUGGGAUGAUUUCUUUCUUUUUGUCCACUACCACAUGUCUGUAUUAUUGUUUUUCUAUUGCAAAAAAAAGAAAAUGAAAGAAAGCUGGUCGGCAGAAGCACUUUAUGUAAAAGCUCCAUUUCAGCCCAUCAUGAAGAGCGCAGGCCCUGCAGGGGGGAAGCAUGGAAGGCAAAGCAAGGAAAAGAUUCAUCGCGCUAAAUUUCUAAAUACAAAUAAAGAUUGAUAUGAAUUUCA